AAAUGCACCCAGUGAAAAGACCGAUUUGUAAUCUUGCACGUCAAGAAUAUAUAUAAAUUGUAACUAGGGUGUUCAUCUUCAAAGCUGCUCCAGCCCAAAUCUACUUAUCUACAUCUCAUCACUAUAACCAUACUAAUAUGCCUUUUUACGCAAUCAUUUCUGGCGCUGGCUCCGGCACGGGUGCUUCGGUCGCACGGCACUUUGCAAAGACAUAUCCCGUAGUCCUGCUUGCGCGCACAGCAGCAUCCUACGAGCCCAUUGUGGCCGACAUCAACGCCAAUGGAGGCAAGGCCAUUGGCAUCGCCUCUGACGCCACCGACCUGGCUGCGGUUCAAGCCGUCUUUGAGCAGAUUGCCAAGGAGCUCCCCGGCCAUCAACUCGCCGCCGCCGUGUACAACCCCGCGGCGGGGAUGAAAUACUUGCCCUUUUUAGAACAAGAGCUGGCGACCCUGGACGCCAGUCUCGCUACCAACGUGCGCGGCUUAUUCCUUUUCGCCCAAAAGACAAUUCCUCUAUUGCUUGCCGCUGUCGACGCAAAGCCAGCCCAUCCGCCCACGCUGAUUGUCACCGGUGCUACUGGCUCUAUUCGGGGUUCGGCAAAGUUUGCAACCUUUGCGACAGGCAAGUUCGGUCAACGCGGUCUCACCCAGUCGCUUUCUAGAGAAUUUGGCCCGCGCGGCGUGCAUGUCGCCUAUGUUAUUGUGGACGGUGGUAUCGACACACCCUGGGGCAAAGAGCGCGUGGUGAACAAUGGCGUAGAGGACGGCAAGAUUAGUCCCGAUGCGAUUGCUGAAAGCUACUGGCACCUGCAUACUCAACACCGUUCGGCGUUUACACAGGAGCUGGAUCUCCGACCCUUUGUAGAGAAGUUUUAAGAAAACAAAUUUGAAGCUUUUAAUAAGUGGUAC